AUGAUGGAAUCAAAUUUCGAAGAUGAAGAUAUAUUACAGAGUACCAAGAUCUUACAGAUUGGUGAAUUAACAGAGAUUUUGGGAUCUCUAAUGAAUUCAGAGGUCGAGGAAAUAUUGGUUCAUCUCGACUGCAUUGUAAAUUCAAUGGGUUGUGUAUCUCAAAGUCUAAACAGUAUAGUCAGAAUAGCAAAUAGAUCACUAAAACAACCAGAACAACUAUCUUUCAAGUCCAUGAUUAGUUUCACAGGACAAACCAAUAUAACAAUUUCAAAUUUAAUUAGAAAAUUAAAACAAAUUCAAAAUUCAAAAAAUAAUAAUUAUAACAACAACAACAAUAAUAAUAAUAAUACAAAUAAUAACAAUAAUAUAAUAGUAGACCAAAGAAAUAAUAAAUAUUUAUCACCAUCUGGCGAUUCCUAUGAUGAUGAUGAAUCAUUGAUUGAACAAGACAAUUCACCGUGUUCCUAUCAUACACCUUUUACAACCAUUGGAACACCAAGUUCGCAAUCACCAAUAGUAGUAACGAAUCAACAUACUUCUAAUAAUAAUAAUAACAACAUUAAUAUUAAUAUUCAAAACAAUUUAAAUAGUAAUUGUAAUAAUUUUAAUAAUUUCAAUACAAAUAAUAAUUUAAAAAUAAUAUAUGAAAAUUCAUCAGUUUCCUCAUCGGAAUCACCAUUGACAUCACCACAAAAAUCAACAACACAUACCACCUCUGUAAAACUAGGUCUAUCGGAAUCCUCUUUGUUUUUAUCGGAAUCAUCAGCAUCGUCGGUUAUCGAUAAAAACAUUGCAAUUUCACCACUUUCCACUUCACCACUGAACAAUAACUCUAUUUCAUUUUCACAGAAAGACAGAGACAGAGAAAGAGAAAGAGAUAGUGAAUUUACAUUCCUCAACCAAGACAAAUCUGAAAAACAUUUGAAACAACAAGAUAAUAACCACAACCACCGCCAAAACAAUAACAAUAACAAUAACAACGAUGACGAAUACGAUGAACCAUGUAGUAGUAACACUAUUUUAAUUAAAAAUAACAACAACAACAAUAAUAGCCAUAUUAGUAAAGUAACAUCAACUGUUACAACAGCAACAACAACACCAACAAAAGUAACAUCAACAGCAUCAAUUAAUAUUACAAACCAUCAUCAUAAUAAUAGUAGUAAUCAUCAUAUUAAUAGUAGUAAUAAUAAUAAUAACAAUAAUAUUAGUUCAACUAACAAUAAUAAUAAUAAUAAUAGUUCAAAUAAUAAUAAUUCAAAUAAUAAUAAUAAUGUAAAUCAAACUAUUAUACAUAAUGAAUAUUGUACACCUUUUUCACCAUCUUCACCACCGAUGUCACCAUCACCGAUGGCAGCAAUGGCAACGAGUGACCACCAGAUUCACAAGAAUAUACUACUGCGGCAACAACAGAAUGAGGAUACGGUGAUCUCUGCAUCUAUGGAGGAGAAGCGUGAUAAUUUCUUGUCUUUUGAACGCUCGCAGACUGCCAUCGCACUGAAUAAGAUAAGGAACAACAUGAAUGACGAUGCCAUUCAGCGCAAGAAUCAGAAAGGCUAUGCAAUGAUGUCACUCAUUCUCAACGAUCUGAACACCUCACAUCAGAGUCUAUUGAAUCAAUCACAUCCAGUACAGAUAUCAACCACCAUAGGAAAUAAUAAUAACAGUUCAAAUAAUUUACUUUUAAACAACAAUAAUAAUAACAAUAACAAUAGUAAUAGUAAUAGUAACUUAAUAGAUAGUAAUAAUAAUAAUAAUAAUAAUGAUAAUAUGUCGAAUAACGGAUCACCUUUAGAUACCUAUCUAUCACAUGAAGAAGAGGAUCUCUCGAGAAUGUAUAAUGUCUAUAAAACACCGGCUGUUCCACUUCCAUUACAAACAGCUUCUACUGCCAUUCCAACAACUAAUACAACAACUAAUGAAUUACAACAGCAACAACAACAACAGAUGUUACAAAACAAUAGAUAUAAAGGAAUGAAUGAUGGUAAUCUAUCAAAAGUUAUUACUUUUACAAAGGCAGAUCCAAGUACUACUACUUUUCAGUUUAUAAAGGAGAAGGUACCGAAACCAUCGCAUGCCAGUAACGAUAGUGAUCUUUAUUACGACGACUAUGAAGAUUACGAUAUGGAGACAGAGAGCCAAUCAUAUGACGAUACCUACUCUUCAGCAGAUCAACUGUCAGCUACCAACUCUUCAACAACCUUUGAUUCAACUACCAAUCUAUCAAGUAAAGCAAAUAACAACAAUACAACAAAUAAUAAUACAACAGCAGCAAUGAUAAAUAGUAAUAGUAAUGGAAAUAUAGCUGGAACUACAACAAAUGGAAAACAUAUAGUUAAUAAUAAUAGUAAUAAUAAUAAUAGUAAUACGACGAAUACAAGUACAAAUACAAAUAGUAAUAAUACAGAUGUUAAAUCACCUAUUAAACAACCAUCAGCGAUGUCACCUAGAAGUGGACCACAGUCACCAAGAUUGUAUCCAGCUAGACCGUCUAGUCUGCAUCGAAGAGCACAAUCAGUAGGUGUAUUUAGUGGAUAUCCUUGGUUUGGAGGUAGACUCAUCCAGAUCAUUGUAUUCCUACCGACUCAACCACAAUCAAUGGUUGACCUAUCGAUCGACGAUGAUUCUACCGUUGAAAAGGUUAUAAUUGAUAUCUUGGAGUUAUGUCAAAGAGAAAAGAAGAAAUUAGAUCAUAACAGUAAUAAUAAUAAUAAUAAUAACAACAAUAGUAAUAAUACUACACAUAGUAAUAACAAUAAUAAUAACAAUCAACAACAACAACAACAACAACAACAACAACAACAUCAAGAAUGUACAAAUUCAAAAUUAGAUGAUUCUUUUUCAUCAAAUCAAUCAAAUGGAGUUGAUAAUCAAAGUAAUAACAAUAGUAAUGGUAAUGGUAGUUCAUCAGGUGGAGAUGUUUCAUUCUCUUUCCUUAGUGUAACGACUAAUCCAAAGGCAUAUUAUUUGAGAGUUUGUCAUUAUGAUGGUACGGUCGAUAAUGACUAUGGCGUGCUGGAGCGAUCGUCAGAGAUGAAGAAGAUCAAAGCAGAGACCUAUGUUUUGCUGCAGAAUACCAAUUGGACGAAGGAGCAGUUGUCGCCACCACCGAUCUUCAGAGUGCACAUCGUGCCAUCGGCACCGCUCUCACACAACGAACGACGUCUGUCAUCGCCACAGAACAACACCAACGGUGUCAAAGAUUCGAUUGCCGUUCCCUACAACCCGACCGCUACACUGUCCUCCAUCAAAACACUGAUCUGCAAGAAAGAGAAAUUCUCUGAGGAUCUCUGUGUAUUCAUGUUGAUGAACAACGAAGUGGUCAACAACGAAUCGAUCACACUCGAAGAGUUGGCAAUGGGUGAUAUUAAAUUAAUUCAUAAUCGUGUCAAAUCAUCAAUUCCAAAAUCAGUUUCAUUUAUUGCCGAUUCUGGAAAUGCUCCAAGAGCAAUCACAAAAUUGUUAGGACCAAUGUUUUUCUUUACUCCAGAUACAGCUGGUGAAUUUAAACAAUAUCAAGUUAUAAAGGUAAAUAAAUUUGGAAUAUCUUUGGAGAGGUUGAUGGGCAUCGAUCAAGAUCGUAUCAUUCAUUCAGUAUUAUUAGAUUUUAAUCUUGUAUAA